AAACCUGCUCUCUGCAUCGUGUCCAGACGUCAGAAGCGAACAGCGUCUCACUCUGUUCAGGCGGUGGAGGACCUGAAGGCUCGUGGACGUCUUGGUCGUCCCAUCGUCUGCUCUCUUCACCCCGGCCAGGAGCUCAGGCUCUUCUGUCAGCUCUGCGACCUACCCGUAUGUCUGGACUGCGCUUCCACGCUGCACAGAGACCACCACUGCUGUCCUACGCACGACGUCAUCGACCAUCACGGUGACCGUAUUCGAGAUCUGGUCAGCACGCGUCUACGACCCCGACUGGAGCAGAUGGAGGAAGUUCUACAGAAGGUGGAAACUUCCCAGGAGAAUUUGAAGGUACGGGUCGAGGCAACAGCCAGUGAGAUCAGAGCCUUUGCUCGAGGCUACGCCAGCGCUGUGGAGGCCCAUUGUCUGUCUCUGCUGCGGCGCCUAGAGGAGCUUCAGGUCCAGCGCAGAAACGUCCUCCACCUGCAGAGCGUGCAGCUGCAGCAGGGCCUGCUGGAUGUCCGAGGCAGUGUGGCGUUUGCCGAGCGCCUCCUGAGCUGUGGGUCUGACGCCGAGAUCCUCAGCGCUAAAGGAGUGACUCUAAGACGACUCGCCAGCCUGGCAGAGAGAGGCUAUAACCCUUGUCCAGCGGCGGUCGCCCCAGACGAUAGCAGCAGCAUUUGCUUCCUGCCCAGAGAGCCAGCCGGAGAGGUGGAGGGCUACCCAGUGGUGGGUGUGAUUAACUGGAGGACGCUGGAUGUCAGCAGGUGCACCAUUGAAGGAGAAGGUCUGCGGCGGGGCAGCGAGGGCCAGCCGGGCCGUUUUAGCCUGGUGUGUCGAGACUCAGCCGGGGAGCAGAUGGCUCGAGGAGGAGAGCAGGUCCUCGUCAGCAUCGUCCACAAAGAGAAGAAGAACUGCGCUGUGGAGACGGUGGUGGUGGACAACGCUGAUGGAACGUACAGCGUUUCAUACAAGCCUGAGGAACCAGGACCUUACUCUGUGUGGGUUUGUGUCAAAGCCCAGCAUGUGAAGGGUUCUCCGUUCCUGCUGAAUGUGAAGAAGAAGUUCAGACACCACGGUGGGACGUUCCACUGCUGCUCCUUCUGCUCCAGUGGAGGAGCCAAAGAGGCAAUCUGUGGCUGCGCAGGAACGAUGUCAGGAGGGUUUAAAGGCUGUGGUCACGGUCAUAAGGGACAUCCCGGGAAGCCCCACUGGUCCUGCUGCGGCAGCACCACUGAGAAGUCUGAGUGUUUACCUCCGAGCGUGUUGGCUGCUGUCUCUCCUCGUGGACAUCUGCGCACCGUGGAGCUGUGAGGGACCCAGAGAUGAGAACACAGAUCCAUCUAUAUUCUUGUCGUUGUUAUAAACAACAUUACAAUGGAACAAAUGCAGAGCUCUCAGUCAAAAACGGUCUGUUCUCUGGUGUUCACAUGUCUGUGGACAAUUAUUUCACCUAAAUGAAAAUGUGAAAUCAUUCUUUACUUGUUUCCAUCAUAUAGAGGAUUUUUUAAUAAAUGACAUCUAAAAAAAAACACUAUUAAAUACAGCCAUGAUGUGUUGAGCUCCACUGUAUCCCCUCUGUGGGCAGAUCAUGGCUCAGAAGAACAACACAUCUCCUGGUAGACCAUGCUGACUAACACUAACCCAGCUGAAUGUUGCCGACCACAGUCUCCUCCAGUAACUGUAACAGCCCAAACCACUACACCACCUCCACCUUGGGUCUAAUCCUAACCCUGGCUCUAACGAGGUUACCCUAACCCAAACCACUACACCACCUCCACCUUGGGUCUAAUCCUAACCCUGGCCCUAACAGGGUUACCCUAACCGAAACCACUACAACACCUCCACCUUGCUUUUGUUGUGGCUCUAAUCCUAAAGGUUGGUUUAUGCUUGACGCGUCCGUGAGGUCCGCACGGCUCCGCGCGGAAAAGUUGCGUCAUUUUAACAACCACGCCCCUCCACCGCACCUCCGCACGGCCCAAAAUUUCCGCAGCGCGCACCUAGGAAAUUUUCUAACCACGCGGACGGUCGGACGCGGAAAAGCAUGGCGGACCGGCAAGAACUAGUAUGGCAGAGGUUCAUAAAUACAGACAUUUGUGUGAUUCAGCUCUCAGAGAUCACCGCGAUCAACAUGUUGUUAAUAAUUCUUGGAGAGAAAUAGCUCGCACUGUCAGAAAAGACAAGGACCCUGUUAAAAAUGCUGGAAUGCCAUGUUGUAAACAACAGUAAUUUUUACUUCUACUAUGGUGUAGUGUUGGAUGCAUGUCGUAGAGCUCCAUGCUGCCCCCUACAGUUUGGGAGAAUAUCGGCUCACCGCAGAGACAAGCCGCUUGAACCAUAAACGCUGCAAGUUGUGAAGCGCGUUCCAUCCGCGAGCCGCAUCACCAAGCGGAAAGUAAAUGCGUCAACCAUAAACCAAGCUUAACCCUGGCUCAAACAGGGUUACCCUAACCCAAACCACUACACCACCUCCACCUUGCUAGUGUCUUGCCUCUAACAGGGUUUCUACACCAAAGAGGUUCCUGUGCUUGUCCUUAAAAAAUAGUCUUGUGACCCAUAAUAUCUGUCAGACAGAUUAGACAUACACGACUAUUGUAAGAAAACCACCCAUUUGUAGCUUUUCCCUCCCCCGCCCCCAAAUUCCAGGAUUUUAGGUAAGAACAUAUACAAUUCUUGAAAGCAGAAAAACUGAAUUUAUUGGAGGAAAGAAGCUCUGAGUGUCUCUAAAUGAGCUGCUGAUCUGAGUAAAAGUGAAACCAACUCAGAGAUUUUAGACUUGGAGCUCAUGUUUUCCUCAGCUGUUCUCUUGGAACCAGCAGAUGGUGCUGGGAGAACAGCCAGAGCUCUUGGUAAUGGGAACACGAAGAACUGGUUCACUACUGGAACUGGAAAAAGUGGACCAUCCAUCCAUUCCCAGUUGCUUAACCUUUUUUUCCUUUCAGGUUUUUAUGCCAUUAAUUUGUGUUUUUUCAAGUAGUGCAGAAUCACAAAGGUGGAUCUGCACCAGAGUCAGCCCCGCCCAUUCACGCAAACUCAGCCCAGCCCACUGACUUCUUCUGUUUGUUUUUUUUUUUUGUUUGUUUUGUUUUUUUUACUUUAUUGCAAACUAACCUGACCUACAUGAACUACGGCUGUUACUAGUUUACAGUUGUUAAUACUAAAUUCCAAUUAAGCAAGAUAAGUAUAAUUUGCUACAUGAAAUGAAAGGUUCUUUUCAGCAAAUUUCUGCCCACGGCCGCUCCGACAAAAUGCGCCUAAACCAGGGUUUUAGGCUAACCGAUUAUUGUAUGAGCUCUGGUAGUCCAGUGGUGUAACGGUCUGACUUAUGCUUCGUUUUGCCCUCUGCUGACGCUGGUUUGACUCUCACUGGGGUCGGCAGUAAUGUAUUUAGCCAACUGAAACAGAUUUAAUUUAUUAAUAUUUUAGUUUUAUUGAUUAUUUUCUACAAAAUAUUUUAUGUCUCUAAAAAGGUAUUUGAAUUUGGUUGUUUCUAAGCAGCAUUUUAGUUUAAACUCUGGACCCACACUGGCUAAAUAAACAAAGAAGGUAAAAACAAACUGAUUAGUUGUUAUAUUUUAAACCGUUUACCAAUAAAGGGUUGAAAACACAAUAUUGGCAAGAGUAGCUAGGAAAAAAAAAGUUGAUGCCACGACCGGGAGGAGAACCUGCACAAAACUACACACCAGUCUGACACCAUAGUCACCCCACCACUACAUCUGUUACAGUAUGGUUGGUGCCACGUAUCCUAUCUAGUGUGUCUUUGUAGACGGAUGGAUGGUUUUUCUGGCGGUGUCCCAGUAGAAGUCAUUUCAGAAGUCAUUUUUCAGAAAAUCCACAGAAUAUCCAGAUCUGAGAACCAAGACCAGACCUGCUUCAGGGGGAGAAGAAAUGCACAGUAGUGGCUUACUUUCUUCCAUUUGCAGGAAAAAUCUUUACAUUCAAUUCAGUUCAGAAAUACUUUAUUAAUCCCAGAGGGAAAUUGAUUGCUGUAGUAGCUCUGAAUAAUAAUAAUAAUCAAGUCAUCCAAGAGUUAUUGUAUAUUACAAUGGCUGUUGGCAGGAAGGAUCUCCAGUAGCGGUCAGUGUUGCAGCCAAACUGAAGAAGCCUCUGACUGAAGGCACUCUUCCGUUGUCGGACAGUCUUGUGAAGAGAAUGCUCAGGCUGAUUUAAAUCAGAAUAAAAUACAAACUUUAGGCUUCAGUUAAGCUGCGUGUUUGCGUGUAUCUGAUGUCGGCAACAGCCGGGAAACGUUUGUGUUUUCUGAAAAUAAAAUGUUGCUUUUAUGUGAGAUCAGCUGAUGCUGUUUUAACCUCCAACCCUCUCCAAAGCUGCUCUGACUUCUCCAGAGGUUUUGACCCACCCACCCACUCCUUGUUGCAACAUGAAAAAUAAAGUUUUCACUCUCA